AUGGGAAACUCUUUCUCCAGUGACAUCAGCCAACUCAUGGAUCCCGAUACUGGAAUGACCAUGGCGGAGAAGAUGAGUGUGCGUUCUACAUGGCUUCGAUUCCGUUCCCGCCGGGAGAACGGCAUCGACUUCUUCCUGGAGCUGUUCGCACUAUACCCCGUUACCCUUCAACUGUUCCCUUUCGCCAACGACCCAGUGGAUACACUGGCCAGAAAUCCCAAAUUGGUCGCCCACUCUGUGGCUGUGGUCGGUCAGGUGACUGCUAUGGUGGAUGCUCUGGACAACGCCGACCUUCUUCGACAGCUAAUCAAGAAGAAUGCCCGAAUGCACCGCUAUCGACGUGGCGUUCUUCCUGAGCAUUUCGCCAUCCUUGUUAAAGUGAUGAAGACUGUGAUGUGUAGACACGUGGACGGCUUCACGAAACCAAACUCUGCCAAUGGCUGGGAGAAAUUCUUUCGCCUUCUGAUCGACAUCACGGAAGACGUGUAUGACAACUAG